UGUCCACAGGUGAAGAAGGGCCAGGAAGUGACAGACUACCGUUUCUUCAUCCGGUCCAUCAUCAGGCAUCAAGACCUCAUCACCAAGGAGGCCAGUUUCGAGUACCUACAGAACGAGGGCGAAAGGGUGUUGCUAGAGGCUAUGGACGAACUCGAAGUGGCAUUCUCUCACCCGCUAGCAAAGAGGACCGAUUGCAACCACAUCUUCUUGAACUUCGGGCCGACGGUCAUCAUGGACCCUGCUAAGAUCGAAGAAUCAGUGCUCGGCAUGGUGAUGAGAUACGGACCUAGGCUGUGGAAACUCAGGGUUCUGCAGGCUGAGAUCAGAUUCACUCUGAGGAUCGGACCCGGAGCGCCUACCAAGAACGUGAGACUAUGCUUGUCCAACGGAUCCGGCUACUCUCUGGACAUUUACACCUACGAAGAGGUCUCCGAUCCUAGGACAGGAGUGAUAAUGUUCCACUCAUACGGAGCCCGCCAAGGCCCUAUGCACGGCCUGCCGAUAUCCACGCCCUACGUCACCAAAGACUACCUGCAGCAGAAGCGGUUCUUGGCGACGUCCCAAGGCACGACGUACGUUUACGACAUGCCUGACAUGUUCCGUCAGACCGUUGAAAAGAGGUGGAGAGAAUGCAUCGAAGAAGGAACCGUCGACGGUCCGAUGCCAGACAACGUCAUGAGCAGUGUGGAGCUAGUCAUAGAGCCAGACGGCGAAAGACGAGUCGUGGAAGUGACAAGGCUGCCCGGACAGAACACUGUGGGCAUGGUGGCGUGGCGUCUAACCCUCUUCACGCCGGAGUGCCCCGAUGGCCGAGACAUCAUCCUGAUCGCCAACGAUCUGACGCACUUCAUGGGGUCUUUCGGACCACAGGAAGACUGGGUGUUCUACAAGGCAUCGCAGUACGCGAGAGAGCGGAAGAUUCCUAGGAUAUACAUAAGUGUCAACUCCGGUGCCCGGAUAGGCGUGGCCGAAGAGGUGAAAUCCGAGUUCAACGUGGCCUGGGUGGACGCCGAGCGGCCCGAGCGAGGUUUCAAGUACCUGUACCUCACGCCCGAGGCUUUCUCCAAGCUGGGCGCCGUCGGGGCCGUGAAGACGUGCCUAGUGGAAGACGACGGCGAGCCGCGGUACAAGAUCACCGACGUCAUCGGCAAGGAGGACGGUCUCGGCGUGGAGUGCCUCAGAGACGCCGGCCUCAUCGCCGGAGAGACCGCACAGGCCUACGAAGACAUAGUCACCAUAUCCGUGGUCACCUGCAGGGCCAUUGGAAUAGGGUCUUAUGUGGUCCGCCUCGGCCACCGCGUCAUCCAAGUGGAGUCUUCCUACAUCAUCCUCACAGGCCACGCGGCUCUCAACAAAGUGCUCGGACGCCCUGUAUACGCCAGCAACAACCAACUGGGAGGCAUAUCUAUCAUGCACAAUAACGGUGUCUCGCACGCUUCUGCGCCGACCGACUUGGAAGCGAUCAGGACCGCUGUGAGGUGGCUGGCGUUUGUGCCCAAGGACAAACUAAGCAUGGUGCCCAUAAUGCGUUGCGCCGACCCCAUAGACCGACCAGUGGAGUGGGUCCCGCCACGCGCGGCCCAUGAUCCGCGACUUAUGUUGACGGGAGACGCGGCCAAAGCGGGCUUCUUCGACCACGGCUCGUUUGAUGAGAUCAUGAGGCCGUGGGCACAGACCGUCAUCACUGGUCGCGCUCGCCUCGGCGGCAUCCCUGUAGGCGUGAUAGCGGUGGAAACGAGGACGGUAGAGAUCACCCUGCCCGCAGACCCCGCCAAUCUGGACUCCGAGGCCAAGACUGUGCAGCAAGCUGGACAGGUGUGGUUCCCCGACUCCGCCUACAAGACAUCCGAGGCCAUCAAUGACUUCUCCCGCGAGAACCUGCCCAUCAUCAUCUUCGCCAACUGGCGCGGGUUCAGCGGUGGUCAGAAGGACAUGUACGAACAAAUCCUGAAGUUCGGUGCGGAGAUCGUGCGAGCCUUAAGGGGGGCCACAGCACCCGUCAUAGUCUAUAUCCCCCCCGGGGCCGAACUAAGGGGCGGCGCGUGGGCGGUCGUCGACCCCAGCGUCAACUCGCUCAGGAUGGAGAUGUAUGCGGAUCCAGAAGCCAGGGGCGGAGUGCUGGAAGCCGAGGGUAUAGUAGAAGUGAAGUUCAAACAGCGCGACAUCCUCAAGACAAUGCACAGGAUGGACCCCGAACUGUUGCGUCAGAGCGCUAGGAUCGCGGAAUUAAAAGAACAAAUCAAGGAAAUAUCGAAGAAUCUCGACCGACGCGGCUCCAUCGACGAUGUGUUGAUCAAGACCGACGUCGGUAAACAAGCGGAAUCCAAAGUGCGCGAGCUAGAAACAGAACUCCUCGCCGCCGAGAAGGCAGUAAAAGCCCGUGAGAAGGAGCUCAGCCCGAUCUACCACGAGGUCGCGGUGCAAUUCGCGGAACUACACGACACGGCUGAAAGGAUGCUGGAGAAAGGAUGCAUAUUUGACAUAAUCCCAUGGCGCGACUCCCGCCGGCUGCUGUACUGGCGUCUCAAGCGCCUCCUCCGACAGAACGAGCAGGAACGAAGGGUCCAAGCGGCCAUGGGACCCACUAUGGACCAGGGGGCCGCCGCCGCUACGCUUAGAAGGUGGUGCGCGGAGGACAAAGGAGAAACCCAGUCCCACCAGUGGGAACACGACAACGAGGCUGUAUGCAAGUGGUUAGAAGCCCAGGCUGCCGAUGACAAUUCAGUGCUGGAGAGAAACCUGCGAGCCAUUAAGCAAGACUCUGUACUGCAGACCGUCAACUCGCUUGUAUUGGAACUAACACCUUCCCAACGCGCCGAGUUCAUAAGAAAUUUGUCAUCAUUAGACUUGGACCAGUAAAGCUUAUUUCCCAAAUAAUACCCACAAUAUUUGCAUUAUAAUAUGAAACACAUUAUUUUAAAUAAUGAUACAGUUUUAUCAUUAAUACAAUUUGUAAUGAUAGUGAUUUUAUUUUCAUAAAUAGUGUUGUAAACGUUAAAUGGCUGAUAUAUUUCAUAUCGCUAUAGAUAGGAGAGGCAUGUUUCAAUAAUAUACGUAAUAUACAUAUAAUAAUGUAUUAGAAAUAAUGAAUUGCUUAUAGAAACGCUUAUAUGCAAUAUUUUUUUCAAAUUAAAAAACGUCUUACAUUUAUUUCCGUUGCUGAUUUUGUGGGUUUUAAUAAUUAGUUGAUUUUAUGUUUUUAUAACAUAAUUUACCAAUUAAUAAAACACAGGUAAGCUAUACUUUAUUUUUCUAGAGAAUACGUUAUUUGCAACGCCAAUUAUUAGUAUCAUUAAAGAUUGUAAUUAUUAUUUAGACAUCUUAAUGAUAAAAAUAAACAGUGUGAUAUAUUCUCUACUAAAAUAAGUCGUUGUAUAGUAUAAGUAGAUUAGUUCUUACAGAUUUAUUUAUUUUAUAUUUGCGAACAAAUUAUAAUUCAUUAUAUUGAUAAAUGAAUGUAUGAAUGGUUAUUUGGUAGAAAUCAAACAUGAGUUUAAUUAUUAACUGCUAUAAAUAAAUACUUGCAGGUAUGAAAUAAAUUCAAUAAUUAAUGAUAAAUUGCAAAACAUGACAAUUUUUAAUGAAUGGCCUUCAAACAUUCCAAGGGUUUCUUUGAAAUUGAUUUUGAAUGAAAUAAAAUUAAAUCUUCAUAUUCAAUUUAUUUAUAAUUAUUUUUAAACAAACAUUCGGGUCUUAUGCCAUAGUUUUAUCACAAUCUUCUAUUAGCCAUAGUAAACGAUUGUUUAUAAUAUACCCGACAGCGUAGAAGAGGGUAAUGUGUUUUUUAUAUUUUUACGCGUAAUUAUGUCAGUUUUUGAAAUCUUUUAGGUGCUUUUGUAUGAAAAAA